UUGACUUCGUUCGCCGUCGGUUCUUUAUUCGAACUAAUCACUGAACCAGCGGAAGGAUUAAAAUCCUCUUCCUCUCCGUCGAGUCGCCGUUCAGAUUCCCAAAACCCUAACUCCAGCUAAAUUGUUCCCAAAUCUCAGAUUGAGGGUUUCUACUACGCUUCGAUUUCUCAUGUCGAUUUAGGGUUCUGUUCUCGAAUCGUCCACCAACCAAUCAGAAUGUCGAAGAGGAAGUUCGGCUUUGAAGGGUUUGGAAUCAACCGGCAAACCACUUACAAUUUCGAGCGCUCUCAAGCUCCUCAGCGGCUUUAUGUCCCUCCUUCGUCGCGAGGCCAUGGCCACGACAACUACGAAGAUACUGAUGUUGAUAACAUAGAAUAUGAUGAUAAUGAUGCGGAGGAGGCGAGUGGUAACGACGGUGGUGGAGGUGGCGGUGCCGGUGCUGAAGAAGAAGAAAUUGAUCCUUUAGAUGCAUUCAUGGAGGGAAUUCACGAAGAAAUGAAAGCGCCGCCGCCGCCGAAACCGAAGGAGAAGGUGGAUAAGUAUAGGGACGACGAGGAGGAGGAUCCAAUGGAGAGCUUUCUGAGGGCUAAGAAGGACGUGGGACUGACGCUGGCAGCUGAUGCGCUUCAUGCUGGUUAUGAUUCGGAUGAGGAGGUUUAUGCGGCAGCUAAGGCUGUGGAUGCAGGGAUGGUUGAAUACGACUCUGAUGACAAUAUGCUGAUUGUUGAGAAGAAAAAAAUUGAACCAAUUCCUGCCCUAGAUCAUAGCUCCAUUGAUUACGAGCCGUUCAAUAAAGAUUUCUACGAGGAGAAAGCUUCAAUAUCAGGGAUGAGUGAAGAGGAAGUUUCUGAGUACCGGAAGAGUUUGGCUAUUCGUGUGUCGGGUUUUGACGUUCCCAGGCCAAUUAAAACCUUUGAAGACUGUGGAUUUUCCCCACAACUUAUGAAUGCUAUAAAAAAGCAAGGGUACGAGAAGCCUACAUCUAUACAGUGCCAAGCUAUGCCAAUUGUGCUUUCCGGGGGAGAUAUAAUUGGAAUAGCAAAAACUGGUUCGGGUAAGACUGCUGCUUUUGUUCUUCCCAUGAUUGUUCAUAUUAUGGAUCAACCUGAACUUGAAAAAGAAGAGGGUCCUAUCGGAGUGAUCUGUGCACCCACCAGAGAACUUGCACACCAAAUAUACCUAGAGUGUAAAAAGUUUUCAAAAGCACAUGGGCUACGUGUUUCUGCAGUAUAUGGUGGGAUGUCUAAAUUUGAUCAGCUUAAAGAACUGAAAGCUGGGUGUGAGAUAGUUGUUGCCACCCCUGGCAGACUGAUAGAUAUGAUCAAAUUGAAAGCUGUGACAAUGUCUAAAGCCACGUACUUGGUACUUGAUGAAGCUGAUAGAAUGUUUGACCUUGGGUUUGAACCCCAAAUUCGUUCCAUUGUUGGUCAGAUUCGGCCAGACCGUCAGACCUUACUCUUCUCUGCUACUAUGCCUUGUAAGGUUGAGAAAUUAGCCCGAGAAAUUCUCACCGAUCCUGUAAGAGUUACAGUAGGAGAGGUUGGGAUGGCUAAUGAAGAUAUCACGCAGGUUGUUCAUGUUCUUCCUUCUGAUUUGGAGAAGUUGCCUUGGCUUCUUGAGAAGUUACCUGAAAUGAUUGAUGAUGGUGAUGUAUUGGUGUUUGCUUCUAAAAAAGCCACAGUGGAUGAGGUUGAAUCUCAACUUUUGCAGAAAGGUUUUAAGGUUGCAGCUCUUCAUGGUGACAAGGACCAGGCAUCUCGAAUGGAAACUCUGCAAAAGUUUAAAUCUGGUGUUUAUCAUGUUCUUAUUGCAACUGAUGUUGCUGCCCGUGGGCUUGACAUUAAGUCAAUCAAGUCCGUUGUAAACUUUGACAUUGCUAAAGACAUGGACAUGCAUGUUCAUCGUAUUGGUAGAACAGGUCGUGCUGGUGACAAGGAUGGAAGAGCACACACGCUUAUAACCCAGAAAGAGGCUCGCUUUGCUGGCGAGCUAGUACAUAGUUUGAUUGCUGCUGGCCAGAAUGUUUCAGUUGAACUGAUGGAUCUGGCAAUGAAGGAUGGGCGAUUCAGGUCAAAGCGUGAUGCAAGGAAAAAAGGAGGUGGUGUUGGUGGUGGAAAAAAGGGUAAAAGUCGAGGCAGCAAUGGUCGAGGCGUGCGUGGAGUGGAUUUUGGUCUUGGAAUUGGUUAUAACCCAGAAAGCAGUGGUAGUAGUCCUUCAACAACUAAUGUUCAAAGUCGAUCUGCAGCUGUAAAUUCUUUGAGGACAGGAAUGAUGGCGCAGUUUAAGAGCAAUUUCGUUGCCGCUUCAACAGGCCCCCCAAGUCAGGGUUCAAGUAACAGCUAUAGUGUGCCAACAAACAAAAGGCCAACAUUAUCAGGCUUUGUAUCUGGUGGUUCAAUCGGUGGUGGUGCGAACAGCCCAGUGCCUCCAGUGUCAAGAGUGAACUCGUACAUGCCAAAUACUGUAGAAUAUUCAAGCCAAAAGAACUCAGAAAGAAGUUCUAGCGAUAGGCCCCGAGAAAGGAAGAGACCCUCUGGUUGGGACAGAUGACGCCUAGAAUUGAAGGAAAGAUAAAAACUCAGUAGUAUUGAGAAAUGUGGUAUGAUUAAACUCAAUAGUGUAAACCCCUUUAUUUUGUUUAAAUUUGUUUUACCAAUGUAUGAUUUUUAGCUAAUGAGGUUGUAGAAAUUGUCUGGUAUAAAUCGUCACCUGUCUCACUGUCUCACUCGCUCUUAAUAUAAAUCUUUUGCCUCUAUUUUUCUCUCC